UCUAUUAACCUGGUAUCCGAUGCACAUGCCACGCUGACGUAUAACAACACUAAAUCCACGCGAAACAAACUUGGUAGUUUUGUGAGAAGUGCAACUGAACAAAAAUGCGGACUAUUUGUUAAGUCGAACAUUAGAAUGGCGUUGUGAUAACAACGGUUCAUAUUAUCUCGCUUGCUACGGCCCGUGCAAAGAUGUGUGACAGGAGGAAUGAGGCGCCUUGCAAACGAGGACCUGAAUUUCAGAGGUGGAGGUGGACUCCAGAAAAGGUGUACCACUGGGUGGUUUACUUCGGAGCCACAAUGUAUGUCUUCUGGCGAUUCGCGACGACAGAACAAAACGCCUAUAUAUUGGAGCAAACACCGGAAUCCUUCUCAGACGGUUCUUACGGGUUCCAGCGAAAACAGGACAUUGCAAACUGGGAAUGGCAAACUACCAAGUACAUGGUGGUUACCGCUUGGAAGUGGUACCUCCUGCAUCCCAUCUUAGCCCAGCUGACAGCCUACGCCACACCUUCGAUGAUGCCCGUCUUCUACGCCGCCUACUCCUCCCUGUUCGUGACCAUUCAUUUCGGCUGGGAAGUGACGUUGCUCUUCGUGGGACAACACGCCGCCUUCUACCUCACGGCCACGUUGCACAGCACAGCGCUGUGCUACGUGGUCGCCGCCGCAAUCCACCUCCAGAAGUUAUUCCUCCCGUCAGACCCAUACGACAGGUCCGUUCUUUAUAUGUGUUCCAGUACAUGCUAUUCCAAGUACGGACACAUGGCGUAUGGUGCCGUGUACGUCGCCUUCCUCUGGAACGUGCUGCGUGGCCUCAGUUUCAGUGUGGACUUCGUUAAGUCAGAGCAGCGCAAGAAUGAUUCGGACAUCAAUAAGCGCAGGUGGCCGCCAUAUUGGAAGACGCUUGGGUAUCUGCUGUACAUGCCCAUGCUUUACCUAGGACCUCCGCAGGUUUACGAUGACUUCGUUAACCAGUCUGAGAAACCCAAACCGACUUGCACGGCUCGUGAAGUCACCAUCGCCGUGGCGAGGAUUGUGCGGUGUGGCGCGCACUUUCUGCUCAUGGAAAUCAUGGCCCACUUCUUUUACAGUUCAGCGAUGGCAGAAAAGGCUUGGAUGGGCGAAAGACUGGACUACCCCAGCCUUGUGGGCUACGCUCUGUCCCUGGAAUUUAACUACUACAUGUGUUACCUGUUCACCUAUGGCUUCUCCGGCGCCCUGGCCAAGGCCGAGGGAAUCGAGAUCCCGGGAACCGCCCCCUGCAUAGCCAGGUUGCACCGAUGCUCGCAAUUCUGGAGGUACUUUGACCGAGGCAUGCACCUACUUAUUCGAAGGUACGUCUACGAGCCCGUUUUAGCUGGCAAACGCACCGCCUCCCGGAGGGUCGUGGGUACUGCUGUCGCUUUCUCCUUCACCAUCACCUGGCACUGUUACGAGUCAAACAGCGCCGUCUGGUGCGCGCUGAGUGCGUUGGGCGUCGCCCUGGAAGUGAUCGCCAUCGAGAUCCGAAAGUGGACACCCGUCAAGAAGUUUGAGGGCCGCUUCUUAGCGUCACCUGAGCGGAUGAGAAUGGCCAAGUGCUUGCUAGGCUCUCCGCAUUUCGUGCUCACAAUGUGCGCCUGCAUCUUUCAUCUGGCUGAAGUGGACGUGUGCUUCGUCAUCUGUAAAAGGAUUUUAACCGGCUUUCCUUUCCCCGUGGUUCCCGUGUUGGUGGUCAUCUACAGUGGCUGCCAUGUUUCCCUGGACGUGGCCGAAUGGGAAGCGUCGGCAAACUCCAAACAGAUUCGUUCUGCGCCGUGAACCGCCACACCACAAGAAGUUGCAAAACAAUCUCGAAUCUCAUCCAUCGCUUCUUAAACCAUUUUUGUUCCAAUUUUUUAUCUUUA